AUGGCUGAAUCGACGCGCGUGGAAUUCAACGAAAAGCUAAUAUAUUUAGUGGAGGAGCGUCCCUCGCUCUGGGACAUGAGGUCUAAAGUGUAUAAGAACAUUCACGUGAAGAACAAGGACUGGCGAAUGGUGGCCGAAUUACUGGACGCAACAGAAAAGCAAGUACAAUCGCGAUGGCGCAACCUGCGCGACUCCUACUCCCGUAUCGUGAGGGACACAAAAGGGAAAAGUGGCGACCCAGCGAAGGAAGUGAUCAGUACGUGGCCACAUUAUGACCAGAUGUCCUUUCUUCGGGACAUCGUGGAGCCGAGAAAGUAUGAAGUUACUGAUACUGUCACUGAAACAUUCAUCACGUCACCAACGAACGUUUUUACAAAAGAAUUGAUCACAGGUUCAGAGUUAACCAGCGUUGAGAAGUCCAUCAAGCCUGGUCCAGCUAUUUGA